AUGUACCAGGUCCACUCCGAGAGCGAUGGGAACGACAAACAUCCGGGGACUGUGGCGCACAGGGUCCAGCCGCAGCUGGGCGAACCACCAUUGCAGCCUGCAACCUUCCUAAUGGAAAACCUUCUGGUGAGAUGUCCCAGAACUCGUCUCUGUCCUACUCCCAGGAGGUGUGUGGAGGAGGGGGACAGCGCUCCCUGGUCUCGUCCCCAAGAGAGUGCUCUCCUCGGCCCUCUGUGGUGGGGCGCACCGGCCAGAGACCCAGAGUGGACAGACAAGAUGGGGAUGCUGCCUCCAACCGCGAGUGUGUAUUCCGGGGUUUGUGUGAGCUGCUGUGUGAGACGUUGGUCCUGCUCAGAGACACUGGUCUGGGACGACACCAGCCUGAAGCUGCAGGUCUGGAUAGAGACACUGGCUGACAUCAUGACCUAUCACCAAAGCUGUUCCUCAGACUUUCCUGAGAGCUCAUUGGUCCACCACAGACUGGCCUAUGUAGACACCGCCAUAUUCACCAUCAGACUGCUGCAGACCAUCCUGGCCCUGGAGAAGGUGUGUGUUUGCCUCUACAGGUCAGUGAUAAUCUCUGUGUCUGGACCGGCCCUUCAGUCUGGCCUAUCUCAGCAUGGCGGAGGCUGCCAUGGCCUACCUGGACCAGGUGAACCCUCUACAGAGGCCAGCUGCUGUCUGAAUGGAGUCUACCAGUCUGUCAAGGAGACACAGCAACAGAGAGAGAAGAACUGGUUGGAGUUAUUGGAGCUGACAGACCAAGCCAUAGAUGACCUUCCAUAGCGCCAACACCUGCCUGUCGUCAAGGAAUGCUCCUACUUCUGGACGUUUGAGCAGGCCAGUCCACUGCUUCAGACAGAGAGCCUGAAGAUCUUAUUGAAGCUCCUGUCCCAUCCCCUCCUCCCUGUCAAGACAGAGACCUACACCUGCCCUCUCAAUGUAGUCAAGGUAACGUCAACCCUUUAGAGGACUGUCUGAUAUCGGUAAUACUGUAACUCUGUCUGUAAUGCUGAUACUGGCAGGACACAAUGUCAUAACAGUACUAAUGCUUUUGACCUUUUAACUCUUUAUGUGAGGUCAUCCGGUAAGCCUGUUGUUAACCUUUGACCACUCUAGGAGUGUCUGGGGGUUCAGAACAUGGCCAAGCCUGUGUCGUCAGUCUGUGGUGGGAUUCACUUCCUCCUUCACCCCAAAUUCCUCUGCCAGAUCAGCGCCUUCGUACUUCAGGACCCAACUGGGGAGGUUGUGUGUGUGUGUGUGUGUG